AUCAUUCGUAUAGUAAUUGUGGAAUAUCAUUUUAAAUGUUAAUGAUUUGCAGGAUCUUUCUAUUAAACUUCAUUAUUGAAUUGAUUUCAUCCCAACCGGAUACUGUUUACUUAAGAGAUGGUACUAAAGAUGUAUCCAUUCACCCUGAAACUAAUAUAAUGUCACUUAGUCCGACUAAACUUCUGAUACAAUCAUUAGACGAGGUUAAAUUAAUGAGAUCAAUGGUUGACAAUUUGAUUACCAAACUAAAUAAUAUAUCACCUUCAAAUUCAGCUAAUAAACCUCUACAUAAUGGAUUAUUAUCAAAUCUUUGCAUUAUUUUUUAUAUUAUUGUAACAUUUAUAUUAAUAUUUAGAAAAUACUGAUGAUACUACUAUCAAAGAUGUUUAUAAUUAUGAAUAAUUUCAAAAUACACAUAUACAUUGCAAAUGAGUUUUUUGUUAUUGCGAUUGAGCUACUUAUAUCCAUAUAAGUAGUAUGUAAAAUAGUAAGAAAUAGAAUGCAUUUUAGUGGAAGGUCGUAAAAGGACGGGAACGGGAACAGAAAGCAAUCGGUAUGAAAAUACAGGAAUAAUGAAAUCUGAGAUGAUGGACUGAUAUUUUUCAAAGAAAUAGUCAAGUCAAGAAGACCGACUGAUAUUUUGGCAAAUUAAAUAUUAUAUUGUAUGAGAUAUUCUGUAAUUUCUUGUUCAAAUACAUUUGAUUGUCCAAA